AUGAGUCUGUCUCUUUUUCAAUUGGCUGUGAACGCCUCUGCGGUCCAGGUAGCUUAUCCUCCGCUAUCUCUUCCAGAUGUUUCCAAUUGUAAAGACUACUACGCCAACCCUUCUCCGCCUCUCCUCUCCGAUUGCCAGAUCGCUUUCAAAAAUCUACCGAGUGGUACUGCGCCCACUGCAUGGUACACUCAACCUGCCGCUGGAGAGGAAAGAAACGUGCUCCCACUCGAGGUGCAUCAUGGUAAGAAGCCGGUCCUUCCAGCGAGAUGA